CAGGUCAUUUCCAACCGUAUGCAGAAGUCGGUGCUGGUGGCGGUGGACCGCAUGGUGAAGCACAAGAAGUACGACCGCAUCAUCAAGCGCACAAGCAAGCUCAUGGCGCACGAUGAGAAGAAUGAGUGCAACGUGGGCGACACGGUGCAGAUUCACAUCAGCAGGCCGCUGAGCAAGCGCAAGAGCUGGAGGGUGACGCAGAUCCUGCACCGUGCGCGCGUG